UUCGUUCUACCAUGAAUUACCUACCUAAACAUAUAGGUACCUAGGUUAAUUAGUGAUAUGUAACUUUAGUUAGAAGAAAUAUAACAUAGGUAAUAAUAUUAAUUAGGUACCCGUUAGGUAGGUAUACCAACUACCUACUUAUUAUUAGCUUUUCUAUGUUCCGUUACUUUUGAAAACAGAGUUACAACUUCAUACAACUUCUCCUGGUCUCAACAAGCCAUUCUUGUACUUAAAUUUAUAACAAAACUUAAAAGUUAAAAUAAAGUCAACAAGUGAGUACUCCAAAAAAUCCCCCGCUCAUCAGCUGUUGUAAAAAUAUGAAAUAACUGAGUCACCCCAGAAAUCCAAUGUUUAAAUCCAGUGACCUUGAUAGCGCAGUCGCGGCAGGCACGCGCUGUCGGCCUGUCUCAUUUUCCUUUCGUAAAUAAACAAACAUCGAUUAUUCAUUCAACAAAAUGAAUUUACAAUCAAUAAGAUAAACACUGUUUAAACUCAAAUAUCUACAACAAUCACUCAAAUGUAUUUUAAAACAAAACGUGUAAUAUGUGUAACACUUCUUGUUAUUUCAAGUGAUGUUUUGACUUUGCGAUCAUCGCGCAUGCGUGGUAUAACCCUGUGAAAUUGGAGAGCUAUGCGGUCCCAACGUAGGCCCACCAUAAUAACUUCAAAUGUCGCAUGAAAUAGUGAGACGUCGGAAAAAUGUGACCAUGUGGAAACUAAAAUGCGUAUGUUUAUUCCUCUGCGCUAUCGCUUUAUUGCAAAUGUAAGACAAAUGCUGACAGCGCGUUCAUUUUUUAUCCUAACCUGCAUAAGUUUUGCCAUAUCCGUCUGUUGGAUUCAAUUCGUAGACAGGCGAAAUUUUCCCCCACUCAACGAAAGCUUAAUACGAGAAGCACUUGAAAAUGUCGCUCGCGAUUACAGAUACGCGGAAGUGUACCGGAAAACUGAGAGACUGCCGGUCGAAACGAAGUUCAUCCUUUGGUGGACCCCGGAGGACAUCGCGCCAUUCUAUUUCUUCGACCACGGACAAAGGGGCUUCAUAAAGAAGAACUGUUCCUUAAUCAACUGCUUUGUCACUUCAGACAGAAAUUUGUUCAAUGGAGACUUGACGAAGUUUCACGCGAUAGCUUUCAAUGGACGAUCCAUUGUAAAUAUGCCAUCGUCGCACCUCCCGAAACAGAGGACACAAGAACAGAAAUACAUAUUUUUCAAUAUGGAAUCCGCAGACAACUAUCCGAUAUGUGGACAGCAUUUCGAAGAUUUCUUUAAUUGGACUUCAACCUACAAAUUGGAUUCAGAUCUUCCGUACCCGUAUAUUCAGAUAAAAAACUUAGAUGGACAGAUAGUUGGGCCGGAGAAGAAUAUGACAUGGGAGGAAACUCCUGGAGGGAUAAGUGAGGAUUUGUUUUAUAGAAUACAGAAUAAAACCAAGGCGGUGGCGUGGUUUGUGUCGAAUUGUAAGAGCAGGAACAAUAGGCUGGAAUUAGCGAAGGAGCUACAAAAGGCUUUAUCUGUUCAUGGGUAUACGGUGGACAUUUACGGAGAGUGUGGCCCUUUAAAAUGUCCCAGGUCCACGGUGCAUGAUUGCAAUUCGUUCCUGGAGAGAGAUUAUUUCUUUUAUCUAUCUUUCGAGAACUCGUUUUCAGAAGAUUAUGUAACUGAAAAACUGUUGACGGCGUUACAACACGACGUGGUGCCUAUUGUGUUUGGCGGUGCCGACUAUUCAAGAUUUCUUCCACCCGGCUCGUACUUAGACGCUCGAAAAUCAACGCCGCAAGAGCUCGCAUCGACCAUCGCAAAUCUUAUAAAAUACCCAAAAACGUAUAGCCACUACUUUAGGUGGAAAAACAAUUAUAUGUACAGAAAUCCAGCGACCACUGACAAUGUUUGUGCCUUGUGUGCAGCUAUGAAUAAUGUGGAAAUGAUGAAAUCUCAAACGACGUAUCCAAACUUUAGACAUUGGUGGAAUCCUAAUUAUAAAGAAAGAUGCAGUUAACAUGUAUUAUAGACUGAUUGUUAUUGUAUUUAACUGAUUUAAAUAAAGUGAUUUGUUACUGCUUGAAGUGUA